AUGGGAAAGGCCCUGAUAAUUGUUGACCUCCAGCACGACUUUCUUCCUCCACACGGCUCGUUGGCCGUGCCUGGCGGAGACGAGAUCGUCGCGCCGAUCGUGGAAUUGGCCAAGGACGACAGGUGGAGCGUGGUGGUUGCCACUCAGGACUGGCACCCGCGCGACCAUGUUUCUUUCGCCGUCAACCACAACGUGCCGGAGUUUAGCGAGUUUGUAUAUACGUCGCCCAUCAGGCGCAACGAGACGCAGGCGGCCACUCUGUGGCCCGUGCAUUGCGUGCAAGGAACGCAGGGUGCGGAACUCGCACCAGAACUGGUGCACACGCUGGACCGGCUGGAGUGCGACCACCACGUUGUCCAAAAGGGCUUCCUGAGUGACCGCGAGUAUUACUCUGCCUUCCACGACAUCUGGAGCGACCACCAUACGCAGCUACACGGACUUCUGCAGAAGCAUGGCGUCAACGAGGUUUCCAUCGUCGGCGUGGCUUUGGACUUUUGCGUCAAGUCAACCGCAGUUUCCGCCGCAAACCUUGGCUACCGCACCACCAUUCUCAAAGACUACACCCGUGGGAUCGCCACAGACGCCAAGGCGCAGUGCAAUCUUGAACAAGAACUGGUCCAAAACGAUAUCCUUUUGAAGUAG